AUAGGAUGAAGAAGUACGCAGUAAAUAUCAUCAACUAAAAUUAGAAAAUGCUCAAAUUAAAGAAGAUGCAGAACAGAAAGAGAAGGAGCUGGAGUCUCUAACAGAGAAAGCAAAGAUGCUUAAAGAAGAAGUUGCUACAUCAGAUUUGAAGCAAAGAGCAUUCCAGUUGCAUCAACAGUUAGCAGAAGUGACUGCUAAACGUGACGAAUGGAAACAAAAGGAAAAAGAGACUCCGGAACAAGAGAGAGAAAGAUUACUGAAACAAGUUAAACGUGACAAUCAAGAAAUAGCAUCACUUGAAAGAAGGUCAGAUGAGCUGAGGGAUGAAUUGGAUAAGCAUCAGGAAUCACUGAGACAAACUGAAGCUAAUUUAGAUGAAGCACAAGGAGAGAAAGCAGCAAAAAUAAAAGAAUUAAAAGCAAAGGAAGAUGAGAGACAAAGCUAUAUAGACAGUUUUGAAGAUCUUAAGAAAGCAGAAAUGGAAAAACUAGAGAAUCUGCAAGAAAUGAUAGUUGGUGUACUUGAACAUAUAAGCGAGGCUAUAGUUGAAUCUGAGAAUCUUCCCUCAGUCUCACAGUAUCAGGAGCUACAAGAAGAUCUAUUGUACAAGCAGGAAGAAGUGAAGAAGGCAUCAAAGACUGCCAAU